CCUCCAGCUCUUCUCCCUCCGACACCUCCUCCCGCGUCAGGCACGUAGCUAAACGCGCCGGCACCAGGCCAGCCAGCGAGACAAACCCAACCCAUCUCGCAUCCCGACUCAAUUCUGCAUCCGUCCGUGCCUGGCGCACAUCGACAGACGACAGCCAGCCCUCAGAAACAGCCAACCCCCACCGCCAUUUCACCCAACCCGCCAAGCCAUCCAAAACUCAACAACACCAAAAUCAUCUCAUGAUAACAUUCCCACCACCCACCAUGCCACGGCCCAACCCCAACCACCCCCAUCCCGGGGCCAGGACCAAUCUAAUAACACCAACAACCCUCCCCGCCCCGCUCCUCCGCACCGCCGCCCUCCUAUCCUUCGUCCCCGCCCUCCCGCUGUGUGUCGCACACGGCGCUCUCUCGCGCGACGUUGUGCCCGCGCUGGGCCUCGUCCCGCUGUUUUUCUCGGCCGCGGUAUCGCUUUUUCUGGUGCUCCGCGCUCGGUCGCAGGGUGCUCGCGAUGGGGCUGGGGGUGUGGGUGUGGGUGUGGGUGCCAAGGGGAAGGGGGUGGUAGGGAGGAGGUUGGGGGGCGAGAGGGAUUUGGAGGGGUUGCAGGGGUUGGAGGGGUUGGUUGCUGCUGCGAGGCGGAGGGGAGGGGAUGACGAGGGGGAGGAGAGAGGUGAGGAGAGUGGGCUUGGGUUGGGGGAGGAGGAGGAGGAGGACUAUGGGGACGAUGAGGGUGGGGGAGAUGGGGGGUCGGUGUUUACGCAUCGGAUUUUGGUGUUUGUGGUGGACGUGGUUCUUGCGACUGGGUUGAUGGUGGUCUUGGUGUUUACCUGGAUCCGGACCGGGCGGAAGGGGGACAGGCGCCCCCAGCUGGCCAUGCUGGCGGCUUACGCGACUAUGCCGUUGUUGGUGAACUUCUUGAUUCACUCGUACCUCGCCGCACGCGAGCUCGUCGCUGGUCUGGCUAUCCCGGGUUUGGUCGAGUACACGGCGUGGCGCGUCGUGCCGGCCGACUGCCCGCAUUGCGGAAACCGGCUGCGGCCAGACUCGCUGCCUCCUAUUCCGUGGUACGAGACUGUCUCGCGCCCGAAGGUGUCGCUCCCGCGGAUUACGGCACCGUCCAUUCCCCGGCCGUCGCUGCCAUCCUUCAGCGUGCCCAAGUUCUCCGGCUUGAAGGGGCCUCGCGAGUGGAAGGCUCCGGCCUGGAUGAGGGGCAGAAACCCAGAUGCCAGCCUCUUUGUCGACGACGAGCAGAACGAACGUGAUCGGUAUAGGGAUGACCCUGACGCACCGUUCGAGGGACCUUCAAGCACGACAACGGCGGUUGCCAUUGGAUCUGCGGUCCCUGAUCCAGUGGAGGUUGUCGUGGGAAAGAAGGAUAAGAAGACGAAAAACUCUCCAAGCCCGGCACACGCCGAGGAUGACGUGGCCGCGUGGUAGUCGGCUGAGAGGGGUGUUUGUUCCUCGAUCCUUCCACCGUGAGGGUUGUACGGAUAUUAGGAUUCAGCGAGGGAGUGUUCUUUGCGAUGGUUUUAUGCUUCAAGUUGGUGGAGUUUACGAUCCGAUACCCAACCUUUGUGUCCGACUUUCCUCACUCAGUCAACAACCUGUUUUCACUUGCUUUCAUCGGUUUUCAGUGGGUACAUUUGGCUCUUGGCCAGCAGAUAGCGAGACAUUUGGAUAUAGCAGCGUGCGUUUCUCGAGAUUUCUUUCUUUGCAAGAACAGCUACUUAACACUACAUUUCCCAUUGCCGGAACCUGUCACAAACCGGUUUGUCAAAGGUGACCGCGAAACAAUACGGUUGCCGUAGCAACGAAUAGGG